AUGGUACAUACAGCUAGUUAUAUUAGUGCGGGCUUCUUUGCUAGUAAUGUCGUUGAUUAAACGUUACUGUCGUAGGCCUACUUGAUUGGUACAGUUGAGCUUCCUCUGCUGAAUAGUUCAAUUUGCAAUUUAGAAGGUCAGUAAUGAAUGAAAGGGCUACAAUUUUGGAUGGAAAGAAACGACCGCGUGCGUUUCUUUUUCCGCCUUUCAUUUAAUGUAAGUGUUUUCCGCUUAUUCCUCUGUGUCACUGUGGACUCGCCUGCCGACUGUUACGGAGGAGUGUGCUCCUGUCUGUCUACAUCAGUCACUGCCGGGAUCCUGAAGGGCACGGGGCAGUAGUUAACCAGCAUUGCCUUACCUGCCUUAGGCACGCUCUAUAAUUGAAAACAUACGCAAUAGCUCACCACAGCAAGUUUGGCAACAUUACUGAGCACUACUGUACAAUGACCCUUUUAGUAACUUGGUUUCUCAUUGCAGCAGCCUCGUACAUUUACAGUGAUAACUUACUGGCCGUGAUGCGCGCUUGUGUUGUAGAUAUUCUGCUAAUCGGUCCGAGCACAAUGCCAGAAGAGGGGUCGGAGAAGUUAACUCCUCAGGGGGUCCCAUACAAAGAUAUCCCGCAUAUCAUCAACGCGGAUGGACAGUACUUGUUCUGUAGGUACUGGACACCGGACAGCCAACCAAGGGCACUUGUCUUCAUCGCACAUGGUGCAGGGGAGCACUGUGGAGGCUACAGCGAUUUGGCCCAGAAGUUCACAGAACAUUCCAUACUGGCAUUCACACAUGACCAUGUGGGUCACGGGCAGAGCCAGGGAGACCGGAUGGUGAUCUCCGACUUCCACAUCUUCAUCAGGGACACCUUACAGCACAUUGACAUCAUGAAGAAGAACCACCCAGGCCUGCCUGUGUUCUUAGUGGGACAUUCCAUGGGAGGAGCCAUCUCCAUCCUGACAGCAUGUGAGAGACCGACUGAGUUUGCCGGCCUGAUAUUGAUUGCGCCAAUGGUCAUCAUGAAUCCAGAAUCGGCGACCCCUGCUAAGGUGUUCCUUGCCAAGCUUCUGAAUCAUUUGCUACCAAGCCUGAGCUUGGGGUCCAUAAACUCCAAAUGGAUCUCUCGAGAUAAGAAAGAGGUAGAAGCGUAUGAUAGUGAUGAGCUGAACUACCACGGAGGGAUGCGCAUCUCCUUCGGGAUGCAGUUAAUGAGAGCUGCCGCCAAGAUCGAGAAAGCCCUGCCUGACAUCUCCUGGCCUUUCCUGCUGCUCCAUGGAAACGCAGAUAAACUCUGCGAUAUCAGUGGCUCACAGCUGAUGUACGAAAAAACACAGAGCCAGGACAAAGAACUGAAGGUCUAUGACGGUGCUUACCACGCUCUGCACAAGGAACUGCCCGACACGACCAGCUCUGUUCUCAAAGAGCUCAGCAGCUGGAUUCUCCAGAGACUGCCAGAUGGAAACCCAGUCUAAUUCUAAACACAACCACAUGAUUCUUUUUCAGCAUGAAGGAUUUCCUUGUAUUCACCCUACUGUUAUAUAUUGAAACUGGCAGCUAUUCACACUACUCAACAAGCCCAUUGUAUAUAGUUUUUCAUCUAGAGUGGAUUUACUAAUACAAGUGGUGUCAGUCUGACUGAGACGGCAUGACUUUGUGUUUGGAAAGGAUUGCGAUAGGAACUCGCAAGACUAGCUUGUUCGGACUGGACCAAGUGAGUAUUAACUAGCUUUAAGCCUUUUCUGUUCUUAUAAAAGUUGUUUUAGCCACAGAAACAUAGCCUUUAUGAUACUGUCUUGCUAAUCACAGAAGGUGAUGAGGUUAAAAAUGUUUGCAGUGAAAAUUAGACACAAGAAUACAUCUGAGUGACCUUUAGGUAUCUCAGUGGCCAGUCUAACAUGUGAAGGUCAAUCCAAUGACUUUGAUUAUGCACCAGAUACAGCAGCAACUCAAUGUUCUGAGAGCAAACUUUAUACCAGUAAUUGUAUGAAGACAGCGAUGGUCUAAAUGUUUGUCCAUAGUAUAAUAAGUACAUCUAAAAUAUAAUAAUAAUAAACUAAAUUAUGCUUUGUAUUUGGAGAUAAAUGCAGGAAAUUAUAUUGUUUUUUCUUUAGUUAUACAUGGUUGGUUUCACAACCCCUGAUUAGCAUUACUCUUGGACUCCCUUACAAAAGUUUCCCAUAGUAAAAGCACAGCAAAGCACAAUAAAGCAUAAUGAAAGCAUGGCAAAGUAUAGGC